CGAUCCGCGAAAAAAAACACAGCAUGAAAAUCACAGACAGUAAAUGCAGCGGACACUUUUUUAACACUCGGUUUUACAUCAGCUCUUUGUACGUUAUGACUUCGCGCUUCUCCGCAGCUUGCAAUCGAACCCCUUGAUGCUCGCCCUUUUACCGCGUAGCACGCUGGAACGUUUCAUCGCGGAUGUUUCUGGCGGAGUGUUUACAAAGUUGCAACACAGGAAGCUCGCAUUGAAAAGGCGAAUGUGUUGUUUUCUGCAGAAGGAACUUACUUUUGUUGACAAAACUCCCGUCAGAAGACAUCAUUUGGACUCAGAUCAUUUAAUUGAUGCUUAAACUGAAAGCAAGAUGUUCGCGGGGCUGCCUGAGCUUGGUAUAUCCAACGGAGAGGAUCUUAAAGAAACUCUCACUAACUGCACAGAGCCACUGAAAGCCAUCGAUCAGUUUCAGUAUGGUUUUGUAGGUCACUGGAUGAAUCCAGGCAGAGAGACAAUUGGAGCUUUGGAUUUAGGAGGAGCAUCUACUCAGAUUACCUUUGAGACCUCUGAAAAGGUGGAGAAUGAAAGUAACACAAUGGAGUUGAAGCUUUUUGGAAACACCUACAGACUAUACACCCAGAGCUUCCUAUGCUACGGCCAAGACCAGUAUUUAAGGAAACUGCUGGCUCAUCUCAUUAAGGAUAACUAUCCAAAGAGCACAGUGUUGCACCCCUGCUAUCCAAAGCAGUUCAACGAAUCUGUCAUCCUGGGGAAGGACGUCUUUGAUUCUCCGUGUACUGUGGACUCCAAACCAGACAAGAUUGACCUGGAAAGGAAUGUAAACGUUGUGGGCACAGGAGACUACCAAAAAUGCUUAGAGACUGUAAAGAAGAUGUUCUCCUUUGAGAGUUGCAAAUACUCCAAGUGCUCCUUUAAUGGAGUCUUUCAGCCCAGCUUGAGAGGAAGAUUCAUGGCCGGAGGAGCAUCUGUAGGCUGGGCUUUGGGUUACAUGCUAAACCUGACCAAUCUAGUUCCAGCCGAAAAUCCUGUAGUGAUGAAGGCCCUGCCCAUAGGGCCCUGGAAAGGCAUCCUCUUCCUCUCCAUCAUCCUCAUCUUCUUUGCACUGGGAUACCUUCUCUUUGUCUACAGAAAAACACAGGCUAAUGAAGGAAUGGUUUGAGACCAAAGAUAGCCAAGUUGAAGUAAAUUUCUCUCAGGCAAAAAACCUUCAGUACACACCUUUUUAAUGUUGGCUUUUUAUAUUAUGUAGCAAAAAUCAUUCUUAAAGUAAAGCUUGCCCUAUACAAUUUUUGCUUUAGAUUCACAAAUUUCAGUAAAUGUUCAGCUUACUCAUGUCAGUGUGCACAAAAUCCAAAAUAAAUGGGAUCGUUUUUUAAAUGUUCCAGACUCAAUGUGCAAUACAAUACCACUUGUGAUUAACUUGUCAUUAUUUAGCACUUUUCUAGUUUGAAUGAGCACUGAAAGUAGCUUUUACUACAAGCUAUAGUACAUAAACCCAUUCACACACACAUUCAGGCAGUCUAUGAAUGCAUUUUCUAUCACACACUCAUACUACCUCUGAACAAAUCAGGGACAAUUUAAGGUUCAAUAUAGAAGAACUGUGGCAUACAUACUCUAAGACACCACUAACAGCUGAUGUGUCGUUCAAAAUAGCCAUGUGCUAAGUGAAGGCUUUUGAAAAAAAGUUGUUAGUUGUUUUGAUGGAGUAAAACUUUUCAA